AUGACGAGAUACUACCUGCGAAGCCUCAUUGGCAGCAAUGAGGUCUGUUUUGUAGGGUUAAUUGAAACCAUGAUUGAAGAUAAUAGCAUAAUUGAGGUAGAUAGACUCAUUGGCAGUGAUUGGGACUUCUUCCAUUUCCCUGCGAUGGGUAAAUCGGGAGGUCUACUUGUAUUGUGGAGAAGGGACAUCACACAGUUUGAAGUAUGUAUGACUAUGGAUCAGGCCAUAAUUGGCCGAUCAAUUUUACCCAAUCAACAGAAGUGGUUUGUUGCUAUUCUUUAUGCUAAUAAAAAUUACUACACUCGUCGGUUGAUGUGGAAUUCUAUUGGUUCAAUGAUUAGUUCUGAUAUUCCUGUGAUAAUGGGGGGAGAUUUUAACUAUUGUUUGGAUGAAAGUGAGAAGGGUGGAAGAAGAUUCAGCUACUCGGUGGGAGCUCAGGAGAUGGCUGAUUUCCUUGUGGAUAAUGAUUUGCAUGAUUUGGGCUUCGUGGGACCAAGAUAUACUUGGUCGAAUAAUAAGAGUGGCAACAACAAGAUUUGGGUUAGACUUGACAUAAUUUUGAUGAACUCAGAAGGGCUUCGUUUGGCUCCUUUGGCAACAGUUAAGUACCUUAUUCGACUUGCUUUGGAUCAUUGUUCCUUGUUGCUGAAUCUAACUCCUGUUUCACCGAGACCUGGAAGCAGAUGGCUGAGAUUUGAAGACAUCUGGAUGACGUACCCGAUUACCAGGAAGCUUGUCUGGAAGAACUGGACAAAGAAUGACUAUGGUCAACCUAAUGAGGUGUUGAACCAAAAAUGCUCUAGAACACUUAAAGUUUUGUUUUUCUGGAGCCGAAACAAAUUGAAAGAGCUCGGGGAGCUAAAGCUUUAG